AUGUCUGCCCCCGCCGCCAACCAUAUUGGCCAGCAGCAAGUGUCGCAGCCUGCAGAACUAAGCUCUGUGCGCCGCCCGCAGCGGCUUUACCUCAAGGUCACUGUGGCCAUGAGGGUCGUGGACAGGAUCCUCGAUAACCAUCAGUACACUGGCAUUAAGGAAUUCCUCGGCAAUGCCGAAUACAAGGCGUUCCGCCACGAAGUCCGCGAAAUCGUUCGCAAGGACUUCGACGCCAAUAUUGACAGUUGGCCAGUCCGCGUCAUGCACAACUACGUGCCCGACGCACGUAAUGCCAUCCUCCAGGCAAUGGAGGAGAAUUGGCAGCUUUUUGCUGUCACCGAAGGCGACGAGUUCGUGCCGUCGGAACUCAUUUACGAGCGGUUCUACGCCGGCCCCUUGUAG